AUGCUGCCUCAGCGUGCAAGCAGCCUCGAUGCGACUCAGCAGGUGAACCCGCCAUGCAGUUUGAGUAUUGUGCCUGGCGGCAGCUCCUUCCUCAAGGGAAGCUUCAGUGGCUCCGCACAGCAUGGAACUCGCGUGCCAUCAAAGGAGGAGCCACCAAGUCGGAACAGAAGCAUUGGUGGAUCGCAGAUGCGGUGGAGUCGCCAGAGAUCGCCUGGUACAUCUGGUGACCAAUGGACACACUGGAAUGGUCUUCUUCCGGACGUGCCGGGUAUCCCUGCGGCAAGCCAUUCCGUCCAGGAGAUGCCUGCACGAGAUGGCAGCACUAUUCACAUUCCUCCGGAGCUUCUGUCAGGUGAGCACGAUGCAGAACCCAUGAUUUCCAGUGCAAGUUUCGUGGCAUUCGCCGAGACACUUGUUGAGAACUGUGGCUCACUCGUGAGGGCCUUCAACUUCUUUGACUACAAUCAUACGGGCAAGGUCACCCGCACCCAGUGGGAUGCAGGCAUCUCCUCCCUGCACAUUGACGUUCAGGCUUUGUGUGGGGUGUCGACCAAGCAGGUCUAUAAGAUGAUGGAUUCCAUUCGCGGACAUGGAAAAGGCGAAGUCCAGCUUGAUAAGUGGAUCGCCUUCUUCGAGCAGCACCUGACGCCCCUGCACGCACAUCUGCUCGAUGAAGACCGUGGUGACAUGCGAAAUCGGCGCUGGAGCCAAUCCAGCCAGACAAGCCAAAGCAGCCGCGGACGACGUCCCAGUUUCAGCAACAGAGCUAGCGAGGAGGUUCGAGCAG